GAAGCGCAGCUGUCGAGCGUGGCCGCGCGGACAGCCGCACGAUUCUUGGCCGACGCGGUUCUCCGGCCAGUUUGCGUGCUGAGCGUGGCGCGCUCGGUUGCUUACUUCUCGUAUCCUCGACAGCCUUCAGAUCGCCGAGAUAUCUAUAUUCAAACCGUAUAAAACCGGGUCCUAUAUACGUUGCCACCAAAAUCGCGAACCGGUUGAAUUUGUCUUAAGCCAGAGAAUUUCUCCGAACGAGACUCUAAUUACUGUUAUAACAUUGAAAUGUAACAGAAUCGUGUAGUUGCAAUUGUCAAGUAUGCAUCGUAACUUUCCUCUGCUAAAAUGACGUUUAGAAGUCGCAUUUAAAAACGGAAGGAAAGAAAAGGAAUAAAUAAAAUUAAUAACAGGAGAUUGUUUUGUAAAAUAGAAAAAAGUAGAUGAUAUAAAAUGUGUAUUAGCUCAAGCAUUGAAUAUCAUCAUUUUGCAAGUCCAAAUUGCAAAAUCUUUAACUGGAUGAUUCAUGGAACGCAAUUGAACACGUAAUUUGACUGUCACGACUUAAUCUCGCAUUUUUGCUCUGGUGAACAGUAAGUAAGGAAUCAGGGAUCCUUUGGCGGAGGGGAAAUGGAAGAGGCAGAGGAGACAGAGAAUCGACGACGAAAACGGCGAAGACGACGAAGACGCGAAUGGGAAGAGGCUUGAGAACACCGGAUAAUGGCUGCUUCUCGCGUCGAUCUGGAAAUCGGCGAUGAUCGAACGACAGUCAAUAAGUCAUCGCUCCUUUGUGAAUCUCUGACUUCCGAAGAUUCAAGUGUCACCAGCGAUAUCGAGAGAAAGCGAAGGAUUGCGAAUAAAAAUGACGGAAUGAGAGGACUCGUCGUCGUGGAGGACCAUCGUAGGACAUCCAGCGAGGACGUCCAAGGACAAAAUUUGACGGUUCACGAACGUCCAGAUAAAAAUAGAUCGCUUCUCGUUCAAGAUGGAAGGAGCAAAAGUACGAAAAACACAGAACUUGCUGACAAACUGAAAAGUUCGCGGCAGCAUGACGCAUACAAGCUUCCCACUGAGCACAAACGGCUCAGCGUAAACUUCAGGCCCGAUAAUUCAAUACAGAUUAAGAAACAGAGGGUCGCGAAGUCGAAGAAGAAGCCGGAGAACACGCAGACAUCGAUCUCUGGGGUCAUCUAUAAAUUAGUAGGUACGACCAGGCAGCGUGGAUCGAAAGAGAACGUUGGUAAAGGGGAUCGACGCGAACUUUCACCGCGGUAUAGACCACGGAAUCACGCGAAUUUGAUCGUUGAUACGGCGGAAGGUACAAUUGAGAGAAGGUCUCGGGCAGAAGUGCCUCGUAAACUUGCCGAUUCUUCGAGAGACAGACCGAUAGUAAAAGGGCGCGAGGACAAUGAGAGGAGGGUAACUCGAUCAUCCACGAGCCAGGAAAGUCCUCGUGUCAGUGAACCCCGAUCCUCCAACGACGUGACGCCUGUUCGUAAAGUCGGAAAACACGUUGGCCAAACUAAGUGUCCAAAUUGUGAUGAAUCGCAUCUUUCUUACGAAAAGUCUUAUCUGCCUAAAUAUUCCGGAUUUUUAGAAUGUGAAGGACUAGCGUACGAAGAGAACUACGUAAAGGAGGCGAAUGGAGAGAAAUCAAAGCACGAGACCCCUGUUGCGUCGUUACUAUAUCACAGCAGGUCUUUGCCACGAUUAUCUGUACACGACAGUGGUGUCGCGUGCAGUGGAAACGAACAAUCGCCUGCCGCCGGCCACGCGCACAAUUCCAAGCAAUUACUGACUGAUUUAAAGCAACUGCAUACAUUGAAACAACAUUAUUAUCCGGAAGGAGGCUGGGGAUGGGUCGUGAUGUUUGUUGGCAUGCUAGUGCAGAUGCUGUCCUAUGGAGUACAUGGGGCCAGUGGCAUUUUCCUGCAGCAGGUGACUGACAAAUUUGCCCACGCUGUGUACUGGGAGUCAGGGUGGCUGGGAGCAAUGUCUACGGGAGUGGCUUUACUAGUUUCACCCGUAACAAUAGCGUUCUGUCGGAGGAAAAGUACAAGACUCACCGCGGUUUUGGGUGGCCUCGUUACAGCACUCGGUUGCCUUUUCACUUCUUUUGCCUCGCAGUUCCACCAGUUGUUCUUCAGCUACGGUACAGUUGUCGGUAUAGGGGUUGGCAUGACGAGGGACUGUAGCACGCUGAUGGUGGCGCAAUAUUUUAAAAGGAGAAGAGAACUGGUUGAGAUUUUCAUCGUAUCCGGAAGUGGCCUUGGUAUCGCUGUAAUGUCGGCUUUCAUAAAGGGAAUGAUUAGCAAAAUUGGUUGGCGCUUAGGACUUCAGGCAGUGACGGGUGUCGUUUUUUUGACAUUCAUUCUGGGUACCUUUUAUCGAAGUGCAUCCCUGUAUCAUCCACAACGUAGAGCCAUUUUACAUUUGAAAAAUCAAAAACGUAAAAUUAAAGAUAAAAACAAGACAGACGACGGACCACCGUUCUUUGACUUCAGUACGCUGAAGAGCAAAACAGUAAGAAUAUUGUUGGUGUCCACUGGAAUAUCUGCCUUUGGGAUCAACACCCCGAUAUUUUACUUGGCACAUCAGGCCGAGGAAGAAGGUCUUGGUGACACGGUGAUCCUACUUCAGGCUUACCUCGGUUUGGCCUGGACCCUCGGCUGUGUCGCCUUUGGCCUUUUAGUCGUGCAUCACAGCGUCGAAUGCAGGAUAGCGCGUCAGUAUCUUACGCAAGCGGCGAUAUUUGUAUGCGGAUUGUGCAUUUUGGCCCUCACUGCCGUUCAAGGAAAUUAUCAUGGAUAUGUGCUUUUCGCCUGGAUUUACGGCAUCUUCUGUGGUGGUUACCACUACAGUCUCAAAAUGUACACCUAUGAGAGAGUCAGAGCAAGAAAUUUCGCAAGAACGUGGGGUUUCGUGCAAUGUUCCCAAGCUAUACCAAUAGCAAUUGGAGUUCCAAUUUCAGGAUACAUGAACAUUAACUACGGUGGGAAGGCUGGUUACUACUUCAGCUCGACCUGUGUUCUAGUAGGCAGUUUCACUCUCUUCUUCAUAGAUCUUCACAGAAGAAAUUUAUCGAGGCAUAAACACAUAAGGUCUAACGGAACUAAGCACCUCUGCGUUUCGGAUAAUUGUCCACAACGCCGAAAAUUGUCGUUUAGCCAGGAACCGGACAACGAUGGUCCACAUGUGGCUGCUGCAGGAGCUGCUGCGGCUGCUCUUGUACUUGGAACUGAGAUUGCACCAAAUCCAGGCGAAUUGAUCGACGGCCUUGCCCCGGAGAAGCCAGAAUUGACGUGUAUCUCCGAGGAGGGAAUUGCGGACAUGGAUCUUCCUGACAACAUGCUCGAGGACCUUGAUUACAUCGGAGACUGUAUAACCUCGUGCAACAAGGUCGAGAAUUAUCUAAUGCUGUCAGAAUUCGAGAACAAUCUGAUAGCUGAAAUGCCGAUUAUCACGGAUCGUCGAGGCCGAAGGUGGUCCCUGGCUCGUUCAAAGGGUGGUCAAUCGAAUUUGGAUCGAUCCCCAGGGAAUCAACCGACUAACGAAGAGACCGAUUCCAAGCCCAAGUGGCACGUGACGAAUGUGCCUCCUGCUAAUAGGGUGAUCACAGUGAUUGACGAGGCAAGCACGUAACUCGAUCACCAAAAUUCAAGAAGCUGAUAAUACUCUCUGAGGAUGCUUCUGAAUGAAAUUUUACGACUUUUUCGAUGUAAAUGAAUACUUAAAUUGCUUUUUUUUAAUUUGUAAUGUAAUCUUUGUAUAUAUACUGUUUUAAUUACGUAAAAGAAAUUUUUACUUACAUAAGUGAAUGUGAAUUGGAAUUGCAAACACUGAAAAUCAGUAUUUUACGAAUUUUAUACAAAUUGAAUUUUGGAAUACUUCAUUAAUUGCAAUAAUACAAAAAAGGGAUAGAUAUUAUUACAUAAUUAUUGUUAUGCGAUGUGAAUGGAGGUUCGAGAAUCAAAAGCACGAAUAAAGUUAAAAAAGUUAAAAAAAAAAUGAGGGGAAUUAUCCAAGAGGCCGACAUUUCUUGUUAUCGCGCUGCCUUCGACCGUCUGUCUCGUUUGUUCCUCUUUGAUUUAAGGUACUGUUAGAGAUCACAUUAACGAUAGUUUUGCGAACGAAACAAGUUAAUCUGUGUUAAACGUCCCUACGGAGCUGUAGGAAAUUCCAGUAAGGGUCACUUAAUUCGCGGUGCAAUUAAGGACAAUAACGUCGGCUUUCGACGAGAGGAACCACGGAAACGUUCCGUCCAGAUGGAGAUAACCUCGACUCCCGUCGACGUCUUUGUUUAAAGCUUCGUAUUAGUUCACUGCCACAUGUAGAUGUGCGAAUCGAACGAUCUUCCGUCAAUAUAACAAAAAAGAAAGACAGGUCACAUUCAAACAAACAACUCAAGUUUCCUUAUUUUAAUGUAAUUUUUAUUUUGGAAAUUGUGAAUCAUAGAAAAUUAAGAUCUUCUAUUAAAAAAUGUUGAAAAAUUGAAACUAAAAUUUAGAAUAAUUCUGUUAAACACAAGAUCGUUCGAUUCAUGUCGAUGUAAAAGUUGUGUCCCAGAGUCUUUUUCGAAGGAAUCUGCUUGCACGUAGGCAAUGCUAGCUAAAGAUAUUGAAACUAGUCCAAAACGAAAUUCGUAUGCAGCGAUAAAUGGUAUAAUAUAACGAUACGAAUAAAUAUGUAGCCAGGUACAAGAGUUUAUGGUCGUACCGUUGUAUCGUUCGAGGCAUUUUAAGAGAAUAUUCAUGCGUGCAGCGUUUCUCUUUCUGUGAUCGAGCGAACCGCGAUCGGUACAAACGCAAAGAGAUAACAACACUAUUUAUUUAUCAAACUAUUUAUAUUAGAACCAUACAUACGCAUGUUAUGUACAUAUAUAUACAUACUUAUAUACGUGAUAAUAAGCGUAUCCACAUACGUGUGGUAUUAUAACGUAGAUUACAGUUAAGGAGCCCCGAAAUAGUUGAUUAAGGACAAUUUGAAGCCAACAGUAUAUCAAGGAUUUGUACAGAGAAAUCAAACUGGUAUUACAAUUGUAAUAUCUUGUGCGAUCGAGCGAAAAACACUAUAAUUUUAUUUAAAGAACCCAUCAAAUUAAUUCAUUAAGGAUCAACGUUGCGUUGAUACAACAUUCCAUUUGCAACUUUUUUCAGUCAAUUCACGUCAGCAUAUUCUAUUUCAAGAAAGUUUUAAAUAUUUUUUUCAUCUUUAUUUCUUCCUCAAUUUAGAUUCUAAAGUUUUUAUAGUACAAUAGUAAACUGCACAUUUUUUAAAUUAUGUAAAUUUUGUAUGCAUUACAAAUUUUUUCUUUAAUUUGUAUAAUUAAUUCCUAUAUAUAUCGAGAAUUAUUUUUUCUAAUUCGUAAAGUAUCUAUUAUCCGAAUAAUAUUGCGUUUUGCAAUUUUCACAUAUUAUUUCAUUGCUUGAUCCUUAACGAGUUAAAAAUAUCAUUAAACAAAUAGCCUGAUGAAUAUCUAAUACAAUAAUGAGAACCAGCCGGAGAGUAUUUUUAAUGAAACAUUAUUUUAAUGACUCGACACCUGCCUAUGUGAUGUCGCGUUUAAGUUACGUUUAUCAUAUUAUUGUUAUCACGAUGAUAAUGCAAGGCUACUAGUCUAACGUGUUGUAUAAGCGACGCAAAGAACAAUAAUUUACGAAGUACUAUUUAUUACACGCUGCAGCAAAAGAAACAACACCCAAUAAACUGCCUAUAUUGUAAUAUUGUAACGUUGUUAAUACAGAAACGUGAUUUUAUCAAGUA